ACAGCCAGAAUGGGUUAUGACAUUGAACGCUUCGUGGGCUACGUUAACGAGGGUCUCUUAUGCUGCGUCUGCCGAGACGUUCUGGAAGAUCCCUUGCAGGCUCCUUGUGAACAUGCCUUCUGCGCUUCCUGCAUACAAGGAUGGCUUGUCCUUUACAGAAACUGCCCAGAAGACCGUCAACCGCUUGAUCUGUCUGACCUCCGACCCCUCUACAGGUACAUGAAGAAUGAUCUUAAUCGACUCCAGCUUCACUGCAGAAACAAAGAGUGUGGCUGUGAAAUGGUGUGUUCGCUGGAAUCCAUCGACAGACAUGAACGCGAGUGUAAAUACAGCCAGAUCCCCUGCUCUAAUGCUGGCUGCCCAGUUCAGGUUGAACGGCGCAAUUUAGAUGGCCACUUGGCAGAGUGUGAAUACCGGAGCCGAGAAUGCCCCAAUGGCUGUGGGUACAGCAUUCUCCGAGCUGAAGAUGCACAGCACAGUUGCGUGGCAGAGCUGAGGACAGAACUAGAACUGCUCAGGUCAGAGAUGGUCUGCAGAAUGGAAGAAGCGAAGCACGAGAUGGAAUCCAGAUUAGAUUCUCAAAGGAGACAUAUGGUGCAGAAAGAGAGUCUUUUGCAAAAUGAGAUUGAAGAGCUCAAGAGUCAGAUGUCUCGGAUGAUGUCUGACGUACAUACCCUGAUGGCAACAGAAAGGCAGCACCGUCAGGAACUGGAGCAGGCAGAGCUUGAGAAACAGGAACUGCUGGCGCUCGUGAAGGAUCUCCAGAAAGAUUGCCGGCUGACUCGGGAGGGCAACAAGAAAGGGACAAACCUCCGACCGCUAACCCGACUGGAAAGCAUGAAGCGAAAACCGAGAGAGGUUACGGUCAUAUAA